UUUGAAACAACUCCACCUUAAAUGCAUUUUGCGUCUGUGAGCCAGGCGCCAUCUUCAGUCCACCUUAAGCGCACAAUAUGUGGCUAACGAACGCAGGCGUACCAGUCGGGCUUCCGUCCUUAUUCUCCAGCCGGGGAUCGCACUUUUGGCUUCCACACGGCGUCACUAGUGGAACAAGAGGGGCAGAGAGAGACGCACUCGGGCCGAGCCCCGUCCGCACCCAGGGAAGAUGUCCGAGCCCAACAAGUACCGAGAGUGGAUCCUGGAAACUAUCGACUCCCUCCGCUCCAGAAAAGCCCGUCCGGAUCUUGAAAGGAUUUGUCGAAUGGUCCGGAGACGACACGGGUCAGACCCGGACCGAACCAGAACUGAACUGGAAAAACUCAUCCAAGAGCAGACUGUGCUCAAAGUUAGCUACAAGGGAUCCAUUUCGUACCGGAACGCGGCGAAGGUGCAGAGGAAAAGCAGAAAGAAGAGUCCGUUCACGGCCGCUGCAAGCAGCGGCGGCGGCGCGGAUGCGCCGAGGGAGCGGACCAGGCAUGAUCAUCUGAACAACAACGGCGACAGCGCGCACAGCUUCACCGACCAAGAGGAGGAGGAGGAGGACCCGGAGCCCAGCCCAGAUCUCCACACCAAGACAUCAGCCUGCAGCCCCAGGAAGAAGCUGAAGCCUGCCUCCAGCCCGGGUAGCGGAAACGGGUGCCUCCGUUGUGGCGCAACAACGAGCUGCGCUGUCGGGAGCGGCUGUGAAGAGGAGAAAGCAAGUGCGCCGAGAGACGAAGGAAUAGGACAGCAGGGAGCGGGGGGCAGCCCGUCUCGGUUCGGCUGCAGAACAGGCGAGGGCAGCGCAAUAACACCGAGCAACGCCGACGCAGCUGGGGGAGGAAAGAAGCCUGAUUUGUCCGGAUCUGAGAGCAAAACUUACUCUGGGAGCGCCGGCAGCCUCCCUCAGCAACCCAAGCAGCCUGUCUCCCUCAAGCCCAAACUUCGACUCGCAGGAGGAGACGCGAAGACGACGGAGAGGCACGCGAACUCCAAUGUGGUGUCCUCGGGUCGCAGCCUGUCCGACAGGAGCCUCACUGGGGGCUCCUCCGCCGCGACCAGAGGCCACAUGAUGAAGCCGCUGGGCUUGAAGGAGAUUCUGGGCUACCUGAGCAGCCAUGAGCGGCUCUCGGAGGAAAAGCUGACCCGAGGCAAAGUCAAGGUGGUGAUGGAAAGAGAGGUGGAGAGGGGCCGGCUGCGCAGGACGCGCUGCGGGAACAUCACUGUCCCUCUGAGGGGAAUGGUGCUUGAGGAGACCGUGUCGAAAAACGCGUCCAGCAGCAGACUUGCAAAAAGCGCACUGCAGGACACAGACGCUGAGAAAAAGCCGCCUUUGCUGCCUCUCCAGGACAGUGAGCCGAUGGAAACUGCCAGCGAAGAAGAAGAGGAACAGGGAGAGGAGAAGGAAGAGAAUGAUGAUGAUGAUGAUGAUGAUGAUCCCAGGUGCUCUGAUCAGGAAGGAGGAGUAUCCACUGUAGCCAUGACAACUGAACCGGGGCUCAUUGAGAAGACAAUAGAAGCUGCUGUGAUCCAGAAGAAGAGCCAGCAGCUGGAGGAUGAUGGAAAAGGUGGAUCAGUGGAUCUGUGUUCUGAUGAAAGAGCUGCUGACUCCUCAGAGAUGUCUGUACUGGGUUUUCUCUCAGAAUCAGAGCCUCUCCCUUUUGAGGAAGCUUCGUCACACUCUAACGGUGCCUUCUUAGGGAAAAGCGCUCAGUUAGAGGUUCAACAUGAUGAAUUAAACCACACCUCUUCCAGCUUUAACGGUCUGGAGUGUAAGACGGAGGUGGGUGCGUCAUCCUGCAUGCUCACGCCCACAGCUUCCCCGAGAGACUCCAGCCUGUCUGAGGAGAGAGGGAUUAGUGAUAGCAGCGGAGGACAUAUGAAGUUUGAAGGCCUCAGAGGGAGUCCAGUGGACUGGACCGUGUCUGAUGUGGUCACAUAUUUCACAGAUGCUGGUUUCCCUGAGCAGGCUGCAGCCUUCAGGACACAGGAAAUCGAUGGGAAGUCUCUCCUCCUCAUGCAGCGCAAUGAUGUGUUGACUGGGCUGUCAAUCAAACUGGGCCCCGCCCUCAAGAUCUAUGAGCGUCAUGUAAAGGUUCUGCAGAAAACACACUUUGAGGAUGAUGACUGCUGCUAACACAGAAACCACAUGCAGACUGUUAUUUAGAUCAGAUAAUAUGAUAAUGCUUGCAUGAUAUGUAACACACACACACACACACACACACACACACACACACACACACACAGAGUAGUUUAGAAUCCUCUAUAGUUGAAUGACGCAGAGAUGUGGCUGGAUUUUCUAGACAGCAAUGAUUUUUCUUCCACACGAAGCACAAAUGUCAGAUGAAAAAGUGUAAUCUCACACAAUAUUUUCACAUGCACAGAUUCAAAAUAGCAAUGCAGUUUGUUUUCUUUAUUAACAAUGCAGCACUUUUUAAUUGUCAUAGCUCUCAUGGUAGUGUCUGACCUCCACAGUUUUGCUGGGAUCAGCGUGGAUUCACAGUAAUUUUUGAGGUUUCUCAUGUUUGGGUGUGUGUUUACCUGUGUAGAGCUGAUUCCCAUCAAUCUAGACCACUUUGACACUUUUGUCAGAGGCUCCAGUAAAAUUUGCUCAGAUUAAGUGCAGCUUUUUCUAAUUUAGUGCAGCUUUUACAAGCUCCCUGCAAAAACUAUAACAGUUUGCAAUAAUUUAUGUUUUUCUUUAAGUAUACUAAAGUUUAUUGAACAUGAGAGCUUUAAAACUGUGCAUCAAUCAGCUGAAAAUCAUAAUGAUCAAUUAUCAAGUAAAUUAGCUUUAAAAAACUGUUUUUGGCCAGUUUACUAAAAAUACACUAAUAAUGACAUCGCUGCAGCACCAGGAGUUACAAUACCUUCGUAAAAGUGCCCCAAGAAGCACAAAACAACUCUAUUUUGGUUCUUUUUUUUUAUAUAGUUGAUGUUUAAUUUUCUAGUUUCCCACACAUUCUGCAAAGGAAGUCAACUUUAUUUAACUAAUUAAGUCUCAACCUGACAUGAGCAUGACAAUAAGGACACAAAGCUGGACUUUAUUCAUCCAGAUCAGAUGAUGUUCAGGUUAGACACCUGUUCAGGUUGGGGAAUAGAAAAAAGAUCACUUUUAAAUCUGUAAACCUUUUUCAUUUGUGCAUCUGAUCAAUUUAGAGCUCUUAAAAAUACCUAAUUGGUCAUCAGUGCUUGUUGGCAUGGUAACAAUCAAACGAUUUCUAAACUUUAGAAACAGGCUGCUACCUUUAUUCUCUUUUAUGAACUAUUAUUGACUUUUUCUUCGGCAUCGAUGGGCUGGAGCGGUCUGGAUUGGGAGGCAGAGUGAGCUGUGAUGCAUUUAGAAGCAUGCUGGAGAUUCAGAACUUCUAAUAAUCAGGUGUUGAUGGAUGAAAACGCUGUUUAACGAUAUAGCGGGUGAUAAAUGCACAGAUUCAUUACGAUGUUAAUAACCAUCUUCUUGGGCUGGAUGUGGGAAUUUAAGAGAGCCAGGGUCCAUCAGAUGUCAAAUAUGUAUCCUUUGCAUGCAGUUAGAGUCAGAGUUGUACUGCAAGCUUUUGCUAAAUCGUUAUUUCAAAUGUUGAAAUUGCAAUAUAAAUAACUUGUGCAGCCCUGGUGUACCUUAGUGUAGCAUCUCCAUAUAUCUCUGUAUGAAAAUCACCAGCUAACUGAACAGAAAUCAGCAGAACAAUCAACUUUUUGUCAUAAAAUAUGUAUUUAUACUGAAACGUUCUCAUUUAACAUGUAUAAAUUAUAAUCUCUAUCUUUAAAAAGAUUCUACAGGAUCAGAUGAAUCUCAUUGUUUUAUUGUUUUGUGUUGAUGGAAUGAGCAGAAAAUACUUUUAUUUUAUGCUUACAGCACAUUCCAAGCUUUGCACUUCAAAAAGUUUUUGAUUGGUUUAAUUAAAUUUCUAUGAACUGUUUAAAUUACAUAAUCUGUUUUUUUAACCUUCUCUACCUCCUCCUUUUAUUCUUUCACCCACAAACAAAAUGAACUUUAUUUUUUCACAUCUUAAUGUUUUUUUUAAAUGUUUUUGUCAUUUUAGCUUUUUGUUGUAAUUUGUUAAACCUGUUUGUUGGGAGCUGUUGUGUUUUUUUCUGGUUCUCCCUAGCGGGAAUGUGCAGAACUCCCCGUCUGCUCGUCGCCUGUUAUUUGUUUUAAAUGAAUUGGAUUUAGUAAUAAAAGCGAAAAUUAAAA